AUGGUCAAAUCACCCUCCGCUCAACUUGCUCCUGCUUCUUUACCUGGAUCGGCAUCAAUUAUGGAGGGCAAAGAAGAUGAUAUGCCGGUCCAAGAAGAUGGCAUCCCGGUCCAAGAAGAUGACAUCCCGGUCCAAGAAGAUGACACCCCGGUCCAAGAAGAUGACACCCCGGUCCAAGAAGAAGAUAUCCCGGUCCCGGUUGAAUCAUCCUCCCCAUAUCAACCCAGCAACCCAAGGAUCCAGUCUCAAGUUGAACCUAGCUCCACAAGCAUUGUGAUAACCAACCUGAAAGGCUAUAACUACCAAACAGGUGACUUCUAA